GCCGGACGGUCCGGGGCGCAGGAGCUGGGCUGCGGCUGCCCGCUGAGGGGACCGGCCGUGCAGCCUUCGCCGCGAAUUUUCACACAAAGUGAAGGGCUGCGAGGCCCACGCGAAAGAGCACCCCCCGCUUCCUCAGGCCUCAGCUCCUUCGGUGAGGAGGAAGCUGCAGUAGGACCCUGAGGCUGGGUCUCGGUGACUCCACCAAGUGUGCCAGGUAACAUCUCGGAGGCGAGCUUUUCUGAACUGGCAGUCGAGCCACACGCACACCCGCCUUUAUUCCUCGCAACAGUGUUUCUCUGGAGUGGGUUCGUUGCCUACAUUCCGCAUUGGAAAUAGGAGGAGGCACAAUGAAGGGAAAAGGCCAAGGCGUCAGUGUAUGAAGACCGCUAAGACAAUCCUGAAUGUAGUUGUGAACAGCAUUGCUGCUAGGCUUCUCCUGCAGAUAAUCUGAAAUGAACCUCUCUUAUUGAUUUUUACUGGCCUAGAGCCAGGAGCACUGGAUUCAGUUGACUUUCAGAGUAAAAAGAAAACAGUCCUGGUUGUUGUCAUCAUAAACAUAUGGACCAGUUGUGAUGGUGAAAUGAGAUGAGGCUCCGCAAUGGAACUGUAGCCACUGCUGUAGCGUUUAUCACUUCCUUCCUUACUUUGUCUUGGUAUACUACGUGGCAAAAUGGGAAAGAAAAACUGAUUGCUUAUCAACGAGAAUUUCUUGCUUUGAAAGAACGUCUUCGAAUAGCUGAACAUAGAAUCUCACAGCGCUCUUCUGAAUUAAAUACCAUUGUACAACAGUUCAAGCGUGUAGGAGCAGAAACAAAUGGAAGUAAGGAUGCAUUGAAUAAGUUUUCAGAUAAUACCCUAAAGCUGUUAAAGGAGUUAACAAGCAAAAAAUCUCUUAAAGUGCCAAGUAUUUAUUAUCAUUUGCCUCAUUUGUUGAAAAAUGAAAGAAGUCUUCAACCUGCUGUACAGAUUGGCAAUGGAAGAACAGGAGUUUCAAUAGUCAUGGGCAUUCCCACAGUGAAGAGAGAAGUCAAAUCUUACCUCAUAGAAACUCUUCAUUCCCUUAUUGAUAAUCUAUAUCCUGAAGAGAAGUUGGACUGUGUUAUAGUAGUCUUCAUAGGAGAGACAGAUAUUGAUUAUGUACAUGGGGUUGUAGCCAACCUGGAGAAAGAAUUUUCUAAAGAAAUCAGUUCUGGCUUGGUGGAAGUCAUAUCACCCCCUGAAAGCUAUUAUCCUGACUUGACAAACCUAAAGGAGACAUUUGGAGACUCUAAAGAAAGAGUAAGAUGGAGAACAAAGCAAAACCUAGAUUACUGUUUUCUAAUGAUGUAUGCUCAAGAAAAGGGCAUAUAUUACAUUCAGCUUGAAGAUGAUAUUAUUGUCAAGCAGAAUUAUUUUAAUACCAUAAAAAACUUUGCACUUCAACUUUCUUCCGAGGAAUGGAUGAUUCUAGAGUUUUCCCAGCUGGGCUUCAUCGGUAAAAUGUUUCAAGCGCCGGAUCUUACACUGAUUGUAGAAUUUAUAUUCAUGUUUUACAAGGAGAAACCCAUUGAUUGGCUCUUGGACCAUAUUCUUUGGGUGAAAGUCUGCAACCCUGAAAAAGAUGCAAAACAUUGUGAUAGACAGAAAGCAAAUCUGCGAAUUCGCUUCAGACCUUCCCUUUUCCAACAUGUUGGUCUGCACUCAUCACUAUCAGGAAAAAUCCAAAAACUAACGGAUAAAGAUUACAUGAAACCGUUACUUCUUAAAAUUCAUGUAAACCCACCUGCGGAAGUAUCUACUUCCUUGAAGGUCUACCAAGGGCAUACGCUGGAGAAGACUUACAUGGGGGAGGAUUUCUUCUGGGCUAUCACGCCGACAGCUGGAGACUACAUCUUGUUUAAAUUUGAUAAACCAGUCAAUGUAGAAAGUUACCUGUUCCAUAGCGGCAACCAAGAACAUCCUGGAGACAUUCUGCUAAACACAACCGUGGAAGUUUUGCCUUUUAAGAGUGAAGGUUUGGAAAUAAGCAAAGAAACCAAAGACAAACGAUUAGAAGAUGGCUAUUUCAGAAUAGGAAAAUUUGAGAAUGGUGUUGCAGAAGGAAUGGUGGAUCCAAAUCUCAAUCCCAUUGCAGCCUUUCGACUUUCAGUUAUUCAGAAUUCUGCUGUUUGGGCCAUUCUUAAUGAGAUUCAUAUUAAAAAAGCUACCAACUGAUCAUCUACUGAGAAACCAACACAUUUUUUUCCUGUGAAUUUGUUAAUUAAAGAUAGUUAAGCAUGUACCUUUCUUUUUAAUUUCUACUUGAACACUACCUCUUGUGAAAUCUACUGUAGAUAAGACGAUUGUCAUUUCCACUUGGAAAGUGAAUCUCCCAUGAUAAUUGUAUUCAUUUAAAACUAAGCUGUCCUCUGAUUUUAACUUGACUCAAACAUUUUUCAAUUAUGACAGCCUGUUAAUAUGACUUGUACUAUUUUGGUAUUAUACUAAUACACAAGAGUUGUACAUAUUGUUACAUUCCUUAAAUUUGAGAAAAACUAAUGUAAAAUACAUUUUAUGAAGGGGGUACUUUUGAGGUUCACUUAUUUUACUAUUAUAAUAAGACCCUCUUUUAUAGAUUAUCAGGGAUUAUAUAUAUAAAUAUAUAAAUAUACAUAAAAAUGUUAUGGAAUUAAUUUAUUAGAAACACUUAAGAAGUACAUAUUUUUGUGCAGUAGAUUUUUGAAUCGAUACUUUUUUUGAAAACCAGUUACCUUGCUUUUUUAAGUUCUUUCUAUAUUUUUCUUUGGAAAUGCAAACAUUACAAAUCAAUGCCAUUUUUCAAAUGCACUGCCAUUUAAGAUUGAUUAUAGAUGGAUUUCUUAACUGAAGUACUUUUAUAAUCACAGUGACUCUGAACAAAAUAUUUUCAAAGACAUUCGUCAUUCCUUAAAGCCAAGAUUUUAAAGACAAAUGUCCUUCCUGAGGGUUACUUUGCUAUACUGUGUAUGGUGUACAGCCACAGAAAGUCAGUCUGAUAAAUUCUCAAUGUAUAAGUGUGAUGCAUUCAACCCAGAUUAUUGUAGACUUAACUCAUUAUAUUUCCUCUGAUAUGUAAAAUGACAAACUCUUCUUUCCUUUUUAAUCUUUGUCUUUAAUCUGUGAGUUAGGUGCAUUAUCUCCUGUUGAUUCUUUUUCAUCUGCACUCAUGAGCUCUGACAAAAUGUUUUCUAGAUGUUGCUAUUGUAUGAGUUGUAAUUGGUAUAAUUUUAAAGAAAAAUUGUAAUAUUGUUUUUUGGUGAAAGGUAUUACUAGUAGUAUAUUUUCCAAAAUGAUUUUAUUGCAGUAUGAACUGAUAAGUGGGUCCCGUGUCCAGAAGAGUAUAUGUAUUACUCUUAAACAUGCAGCUCCAAAUGAUAUUACUACUAUAAACAAAGAGCAUUACCAGCCUGUUAAAAAAUGAAUUGUCAACAUCAGUUCCUAGCCAGUCUGCUUGGACACACUGAAGUGCCUCAAGUGGGUUGCAGGUUGGUUGCAGAUGGGCAGAGAUGGAUUCUGUUGAGCUUUCUGAGUGGCCACUGGCUGGGACCUAGCACUGGGGCAGAGUUCCAGCUGGUUGCCUCUAGCCUGGAGGAGCUUCAUCUAGUUACCCAAUGUGUUGAACCAACAGCAUCAAACAGCAUCAUUUUCUGUGCAGUGUUAUGAAGUGAAAACAUUUGGAAACACUGAUAGAGUACACCAUCACUCCAUGUUGUAAUAAUUUUUAGCUACUUUUGUUGAUUGAAAAGUCAAUCAUUUUGCCAAAAAUGAUUUUUAUGUCAGUUAAAGGCCAGUUGAAAUUUUUUUGUUAGAAUGUUUUGUUUUUCACUUUCUUGAAUGUUUUUUUUCUUAGAUUUCCUUGGCCCAGUGCCUACAAGCAAAUUGCAUUCAAAAAGAGGAAUAACCUUUCUUCAUAAAAUUUUGGCACCAGCUGGGCAUACUAAAGUACUGCAAAAAUAACUUAGUACCAGAGGUAAACAUCUGUGCAGAUGGGCUUAGGAGUCCCUUUGGAUCCCUGGUUCCUCAGUUGCCAACUCUGGUUUCAUGAAGAAAGACCAUGCUCUGAAAAUCUAGGGAGAAGAAAGUUACUGCAGCACUUGGUAUGAUCUGUUACAACUUCUUUAAAGACAGCCUGCCUGGCCAGCUUUUUUCUGUUUCCAUGCAGUUUUCCCUCCCAGCAUCAGCCGUCCCGUUCCUAGGAAGCUCAUUCUUGUUUCCAAGACUCCUUUUAGCUAAAUCUUUCCUAUCAUUCCAGGACUUUCUUGUAGUCCCCUCCCCAUGAAUCUACCAGUGCCUAGGGUGUGUGGGGCACAUGGCAGGUGGCCAGUCAACAUCUGGAUGUGGAACCAAUUGUUCCAGCCUGCCCUCCUCUUUCUCUUUUUUUAAAUUAUUUUUUAUUAUCUUGUAUUAUUUUUGAGACAAGGUCUCGCUUCGUUGCCCAGGCUGGAGUGCAGUGGUGCUCUCACAGCUCCCUGCCGCCUUGACCUCCGGGCUGAAGCGAUCCUAUUGCCUCAGCCUCCCAACGUGCCAGGAUUACAGGUAUGGGCCACCAUGCCCAGCCCUCUUACUCUUUCUUCACUCCGUCUCCCUGCUGUCAUUGCCAUGCUCUUGCGUACACAGUCAGCUGUCUAGUUUUUGAUUGUGGACAUGUCUGUGUGUGGUGUGUAUUGUCUCUGACCAGGUUUCAGGGUCCUGAGGCAAGCCUGCAGCUCACGCUGCUCAGCUGUCCUCCCCUGCGGCGGGUGCUCAGGGCCUCUCACUGUUAGUUACUCCCUACUUUCUGCCCAGUUCUGUUAGUAGAAACAGCUAUCCUUUCCCCAAGCAAGAAAUUGUAGUUAGGAGCAGUGUGAGGGCAGAAGGUUAAGAAAGGAGGAGAGUGCCUGGAACUGGAAGAAGGUAAAUACUUCCCCUUGCGGGGACACUGAUAUGUUUUACCAAAAUAGUAAAUGGAGAAAGUGUCAAAGGUUGGCACUAGUUUUAAAAAUACAUAUAGCCAGUAGACACAUGGGGGCUGUUUAAAUAAAUAAAAAACCCAGUUCUCCUGUCACACCAGCAACAUUCCAAGUACUCAGUGGCCAUGUGGGGCUAGUGGCGACCACACUGGACACCGCAGAUGCAAAACGUUUCCAUUGCUGCAGAAAGCUCUGUUGGACAGUACUGUGUCCAGAGGGCUAACUGUCAACAGUCUAGAAACCAUGAGUAAUAAACUCUCAUUAGGAGGUUAAAAGCAGACAUGGGAGUAGACCAUAAUGCAAAUGACGAUAAGCAUUUUGGGUGAGAAGAGGAAGUUGAGGACCCGUUUCUAAGAGGUAAGAUUUCUUAAGUUCUUUGUCUUAGUCUCAUGCAUUCCCCUCAUCAUUCACUGUACCAUACUGUGUAGUCAGAACAGACAGUGUGACUGAAAAGCUUUGGAAAAAGUUAAUGCAAAGUAUUAUUUAGCACAUGGGCUGUAGACAUGUUCAACCACUGGAGAUGAAUACCUUUGAACAAAGUAUAUAGCUUCUCAGAUCAGUGGUUGCACUAGUAAAUAAUUAGAAGGUGUGGUUAUUUUUAAAACUAUAAGCAAAAUUAUGAAGGCCUUUAAAAAAUUGAUCAUAAUAAUAAAAAAAAAGGUUGUCUCCUAACAGUGCUGUCCAUCAAAGAAAAGAUUGAUUAUGUGGAAACAGCACGUUUGGAGAGACUGUUCUAGUGAAUAGCAGUGUAUAUUUGUGAUAGGCAGAUUUCUAAGAAUGACCCCUAUUGACACUCCUGCUAGUGACCUUGUAUAAUAUCCUCCCCCUUUGAGCAUGGGUGGAACCUGUUUGAUCUAUGAUUAUAUCAUUUUGUCUAGCAAAAGGAAGACUGUCUGGGGGUAGUUUAUUAAAUCUUGUGACUCCCUUAAAAGCAGAGAGUUUUCUUAGGCUGGUAGCAGAAGUCACUGACAAAGCAGAAAGACCUCAGGUGCCAUUGCUGUUUUAAGGUAGAGGGGGCUGCAUAAGAAGGAAUACAGAUGGCUUUAAGGAGCUGAGAGGCCUAACAGCCAAGUAGCUGGGAACUGCAGUCCUACAGCCACCAAAACUGAAUUUAGCCAUAAACUCAUUCAUGGGCUUGGAAAGGCAUUCAUCUCCAGUCUCCAGAUAAGACCCAGCCUGGCCAACACCUUGAGUCCAGCUUUGUGAGACCCUAAGCCGAGAACUCCAGUUAAGUCUGCUUGGACUACUGGACUACAGAACUAUGAGAUAAUAAAUCAGUGGUGUUUUAAGCUGCUCAAUUUGUGGCAAUUGGUUGUGUAGGAAUAGGAAAUGAAUACAGCAUUUUAAAAGAGAUAAAGAGGAAAUCUUCAUACUUGAUUCCCUGUAGUAUACGGGAUAUUUCUUGGUAAAUGCAUGAAUAAAGUCUUUAGUAACAAGUCAUGUACCUGGGCCUCAUCAGGAAUGUCUUCUGCCAGAGAUCUCAAUUUGUCUUCACUGGGCAUUUGUUGGCAAAGUUGCAGCAUCUUACUGAGUAGGGUUUUGUAAAGGAACUGCUAAAAUGAGAUUAUAGGAAUAGGACUAAAACAGUGUGUAAGGGAUCUUUUUUUUUUUUUUUGAAGAGGUGUUACUUUAUACUGAUUUAGACUGCUCUGAACCUGUCAGAAGUAAAUUGAAGAAUGAGUAACAGUGGUAUUUUGGAUACAACAUUAAGAGCAAAAAUAACCUUUGCUUUGUAAAGAUCAGAUAAUCUACUGUGUAUCGAGGGACUUAAUUUUUUUUUAACCAAAACUUAGUUUCUCUUUUUAUCAUCUAGCACAGAUCAAAUCCUCCACGGGCCAGCCAAAUGUUCGUAGCUUGAGGAUGUUUUGCAGAUAACCUCUCUGCUUCCAAGCCAUUAAUUGCUAAAGAAGUUUAUUUUUAUUUUGGUUUGUCCAUUAAUUUUUGUGCUUUUUACUGUAUUGCCAUGGCCUUGAUACAAAUAGAAUUAAAAGAAAGAAAAUGAGAGAUUAAGACUGUCAAAAGAUGGGAAAUGUGAGUCAUAAUCAUACCUUAGUGUUGUAAGAGAACUUUAUCCACUCCAACCCCUUUAUAAAGGAACUUUUCCAAGCUAUGUUGCAAUAUUUAUAGGGUGUAAAAUUUAGUUUGACUCUGGCAGUUGUGCAUUUUAAAUUAUUAAUCUUAUAUGCUAACUAGUAUGCUUACUUUAAUGCAUGUGAACAUACAAUGCUAAAAAGAUAUUUUUUUAAAAAACCCAACUGAACUGAGGAUUUGGUUAUACAUUAUGUGCAUCAACAUGUAUACGUAAACUCCUCUCUUCUUACCCGAAACACUCCUUCACCAGUUUGGGCACUAACUAGAUCAUUUUCAGAGGAACAGAAAGAAAGGAGUGAGUUGGCACUCCAGGGUGCGUGUGAGCUGAGAAUUUAGAAGACCUUUUUCAAGAAAGUAAACUGAGCGUUAACAGGAAAGCACUUUGCGCGAAGUAUCAUUUCCACUGUUAACGUUGCAGUAAAACUUGU